AUGCCUUACCCUUUCAGAAGGGCACAGACGUUGCCAACCUUGACAGCCCAGGAUGAGUUGGAAAACGCCUCGAUUCUCCGCAACGAUGCCGACAAUGGCCAUUUCCGCGGCCUUCCUGCAACCCGACAGUCUCGCAUGAAGGUGCUCAUGAAGGUGUUGUCACGAUGGGCAAUUACGAUGGUUAUCAUUAUCUCAAUCUACGUCGUCAUAUGGGUAUACUCCAACAAGUCGGUAAUGACACAAACAACAAAGCGAGAGUACAACGCCCUCAUCACCGGCCUGUCAAUCUCUCUCGGUCUCGCAGUGGCGAGCAGUCUAAACCACAUGGUGGCCGAGCUGAGAUGGUGGAUCUUGAGUCGUCGAUACAGAUCGAAGCGGAAGGUGGAGUUAAUUUUGCAGGCCGACAACCUGAAGCACACGAUUACAUUAGCAGCAAGGUCGAAACGAUGGUCGAUCCAUCUUGCCGCUGUCGGAUGGCUUAUCCUAACGAUUGGCUCUCAAAUAGGUCUUGCCGCCAUUGGCCUCUGCUAUUCGACAGAUGUCGCAGACAAGCGGGCUCUUUUACUUCCAGGCAACGUGUCUAUAGCCAACAUGGCGACCAUAGAAUCGGAAAGGGUUGUGAAAUCCAAGACUCAAGCUUUGGGUGCUCUCCAGUAUACGGCAAACAGCUAUGGGAUCAUCUCUCUAGCGUACGAUACGGGAGAUAUAUCAGAUGCCCCCUUGGCCAGAGCGAUCCACGUACCGAGCGAUGCCAUCAUGUUCUGCACAGACACGCUGUGCAAAUACGUCUUUUACGAAACCUCGACGGCGUCCAUCACGAACGCAGAUGACAACCCGGUCACCGUCGCCACGGACCGGAGCGUCAACUCCACGGCCAAAUGUACGGCCUGGCCCGUGAUAAGCGGCGGCGACGGCACGACGACCAACGUGACCGUGGCCCUCGAGAAUGACGGCAAAUACGAAAUUUACAUCCCGUUCCGAGGCGGGACCGAACAAACGACAUUCAUGACUUACAGCCAGUCCGAGUGCGGGCCAGGGUGCUCCCAAGUCAUGGCGUUCGAGGCGUCGGAUACCUUCCCCUGGUACUACAGCUGCAACAUCACGGUCGGCCAGGUCGCCAACGCCACGCGUGCUGAACACCAGAUCGGCUCCAACCUCACGUCUCUCGCGUCAGCCGGCAUCGCACUGCAGGGCUACGCCGCCUCGUCCUUUGUCAACGACACCAACUUCCAGUAUCAGAUGUAUCCCUCCGAGUCGGUCUUCGGCACGCCCAUGAACGGAACGACUGCGUUUAUGGAGGCCAUGCUGUCGCGGUUCGCCAUCGGGGUGGUCGCCGUCGCCGCGGAGAGUAACACGGAUCUCGUCGUCGAAGGGACCAUGCCGAUGAAGGGCACGAAGCUGAACGUCUCGCACUGGGGGCUGAUCAACUUAAUUUUAAUACUUACCGCGUCGCUCCAGCUCAUUCUCGGAAUUGCGGCCGCGCUGGUGGCGAACCGGGUCGUCGUCCCUGAUGGCGGUGCUGUGGAGAUGGCGCAGGUGAUGAGGACGAUGGCGAUUCGGGACCGCACGACGACGAGCGAGCCCGGCGAGAAGGGGUCGACUGGCGAGCCUCGACAUAAGUCGCUGUGGAUAUACCGGGAUACGAUGGUGUCAAGGGAGGGAGGGUUGUACGAUUUGCAUAUGGAGGAGCAGCGUUAUAAUGCGAGGAAUGAGGCUGGGAUGAUUGAGAUGAGCCAGCAACGGCCAGACACUGGUCGGGAGUCGACGCCAUCGACGCCGACGAAGUAA